AUGUCUAACGAGGAGAUCACCCACCCCACCAUCGUCGAUGGCUGGUUCCGAGAGAUCUCGGACAUGUGGCCCGGCCAUGCCAUGACCCUCCGAGUUGAGAAGGUCCUCGUCCACGAGAAGAGCAAGUACCAGGACGUCCUCAUCUUCAAGUCCACCGACUUCGGCAACGUUCUCGUCCUCGACAACGUCAUCCAGUGCACCGAGCGCGAUGAGUUCUCCUACCAGGAGAUGAUUGCUCACCUUGCCCUCAACUCCCACCCCAACCCCAAGAAGGUUCUUGUCAUUGGUGGUGGCGACGGCGGUGUCCUCCGUGAGAUCGUCAAGCACGACUGUGUCGAGGAGGCUACCCUCUGCGACAUUGACGAGGCUGUCAUCCGUCUCUCCAAGGAGCACCUCCCCUCCAUGGCCUGUGGCUUCGACCACCCCAAGUCCAAGACCCACGUUGGCGAUGGCUUCAAGUUCCUCAACGACUACAAGAACGAGUUCGACGUCAUCAUCACCGACUCCUCCGACCCCGAUGGUCCCGCCGAGGCUCUCUUCCAGAAGAGCUACUUCCAGCUCCUCCACGACGCUCUUCGUGAGGGCGGUGUCAUCACUACUCAAGGUUCCGAGAGCCCCUGGCUUCACCUCCCCCUCAUCGCUCGUCUCAAGAAGGACUGCGGUGCCAUCUUCCCUGUCGCCGAGUACGCCUACACCACCAUCCCCACCUACCCCUCUGGCCAGAUCGGCUUCAUGGUCUGCUCCAAGGACCCCAAGGCCGACGUCAAGAACCCCAUCCGAUCCUGGACCAAGGAGGAGGAGGACGAGAAGCUCCGAUACUACUCUUCUGAGAUCCACAAGGCCAGCUUCGUCCUUCCCAAGUUCGCUGCCAAGGCUCUUGAGUAA